UUUUAAUACAUUAUCUUACAAAAAAGAAGACUUGUACAAUGAUUGAAGUUUCAUUGUUUCAAUUAUUUGUUAUUUUUAUAAUAAUUCUUUAUAUCAUAAACCGUCCUCGUUUAGGAAAAAAUGAACCUCCACUUGUGCCUUAUACAAUUCCAAUUCUCGGACAUACGUAUGAUUAUUUAUUUAACACAAAAACUUUCAUUAAAAAAUGUAAAGAACAGUAUGGUGAAUGUUUUUCAAUUUAUAUAUUCGGAGAUGUGGUGACAAUUCUUUCAAGAGAUUCGUUGACUGAAGUGUUUAGAAAUAAUAAUGACUUUGAUAUGGAAUUAGCAGCAAAAGAGACUCUUCCUUUAGAACGACUUCUUCCUUAUAGUGGUAAUAACGUCCCAUUCCAUGUCAAAGCUACAAGAGAUCAAAUUUCUGGUAAACUCGAUAUAAAUAUUGACAUCGCACAAAAAUAUCUCUUAAAAGGAAUAGACAAAUUGAUUGGUGAUUGUAAUGAACCCAAGGUAGUUUAUAACGCUUGGAAUAUGGUUAAUUUCCUCAUCGCUUUACCAAUUGCGAACAUACUUGUUGGAGAAGAGGCGGCAUCUCAUGAAGAUUUAGUGAAGUCAUUAGGAGACUUGGCUUUUGACGUGGGUCCAUUAUUGGUAAUUCCACCGAUUUUAUUUUUCAUUCAUAAGAAAUUACACGAAAUCGUAAUCACUUUACCCCUUAAAUUUGGAUGGAAUCCGGUAUCGCGUCAUCGAAACGUUGUAAUGAAUCGUUUAAGACCAGUAGUUGAAAAACGUUUAAAGGAAAGAAAGGAGCUUGGUAAUUAUUAUAAACCUUAUAAUGAUUUAUGGGAAUAUUAUAUGAAUCUACCGAAUUUUGAUAAUACAAACCCCAAUAAUCUUCAUUUUCAUGUUGAUAACCUACUUGCUAUUACUUUCGCCUCAAUCAGCACAACGAGUAGAGCAGCAGUUGACGCAUUAUAUGAUUUGGCAGGAAGACCAGAAUUAUUAAAUGAAUUAUAUGAAGAAGCAUUGAUAAUUGAUAAAGAAUGUAAUGGAUUAGUAACUGUCCCCGAAAUUCAAAAAAUGGUGAAAUUAGAUAGCUUCGUUAAAGAAUCCUUAAGACACGGUGAUAGCAUACGACGUAAAAUAAUGUUGUAUUCCAUUGAUAUGUUAAAGGCAAAAGAAUAUUUCGGUGAUGAUGCUGAAGAAUUUAAACCAUUCCGAUUUUUAAAUAGAAAUUCUCCUGCGACAAAAGUUGAUCGUUCUUAUAUUGUCUUCGGUGGUGGAAAACACGCGUGUCCUGGUCGAUUUUUUGCAGUUAGUGAAACAAAAUUGUUUUUACAUAAGAUUAUUAUGAAAUACAAAGUUUCAACAGAAAGUGGAAAAAUUGAAGAUAAAGUAUUUGUUGGACCAUUUACAUCACCUUCUGAAGGUGGCUUAGUUUUUGAAAAUAGAAAAUAA